AAGCUCUGGUGAAUAUUUCUGACACGACCCUACGAUGUCUUUGUGUUGUCGUACGGUUGGGGAGCCACAACCGCGCGUUGCUCGGCUAGCUCCACAGGUCGUGCAAUGCACCCCUCAACGCCACAACCGCAAGAACCUUGUGUCGUACGACCAUCGUCACGAUUCCUCGAACAGUGUACAAUAAGGCCUCAACGUUACUUAUGAGUAUAUCGUAUUGCAAGAAGCGUCACUUGUUUGCAGCAGUCAGUAUGACAAAAAUGCUGAUAUAGACCAAUUAAGCGAUUGCAGUCCUGCUGAAGCUUACAUAUGUCCCGAAUCGUGACUCGUAACAUCAAGUCAUCUUUGAGAUUGACCCCUAACAUAAGUAUACAGUGCCGACGGUAGGUACCUAAGUCACAAGCUAAUCUCAUCGAGGUAUGCCACUGAUUCUGAAGUCAUCCUUUCAACACACUUCACACCUGUUUCCUCUACCAACCGGAGCACAUCACCAUGGGAAUCCCCAAACCCCUAAAUGCAGCCGUCAAGCAAGGUACUGGCGACACCGCCACCGUCGUGAUACAGGACGUCCCCAUACGACUCCCGACCCCCGACCAGAUCUUCGGCCACGAGGGCGCCGACAUGCAGGAUCGCUGGCAGAUUGGCAACGGCACGGGCAUCAAGAUCCGGGAUGGGGUCGAGGACGAGGAAGCCAGGCCCAUCAUGUGUGGUGGGUUGACGGCGUAUGUAUCUUGCAAGAUAAGCGGUGUGAGCAGUAUGGUGAAGUCGAUGCUGACUGGUAGUGCUCUCGGUCAUUUCGAUAUCCAGUACGCGAAAGCGAUGGGUAUGCGUGUCAUUGCUAUCGACGGAGUUGACGCGAAACGCGAGCUUUGUAUGAGGCUGGACGCAGAGGCGUUAAUCGACUUCACAACUACGACUGACAUCCCGGCCGAGGUCACGAAUAUCACGGCCUACGGCGCUCAUGACGUGAUUGUCCUCUCGGCUGCAAAAGCAGAGUAUGAACAAGGACCUCAUCUACUACGUCCCGGAGGCACAAUGGUUUGUGUCGGGCUGUCAACAGACACCAUGGUCAUUGCUGGCGCGCAUACCAUCAUGAUGUCAAUGAGGAAGCUGAAUAUUGUUGGCAAUUUUGUCGAGACGCUGAGGAAGUGCAACGAAGCAUUAGACAUCACUGCGAGGGGCCUUGUGCGUCCGAUACUCACGCAUGGCGGACUAGAGGAUAUCAAUAGGUUCUGCGGGGGAGAUGAAUGCGGGUGAACUCGUUGGGCGUGCGGUCAUCAAGAUUGCGACGUAGAUACUAUGGUCUCGGAUCUCGUGUUUCU